GGGAAGUAGGAAGUAAAUACGGUGGACUUCAACUUACAGUGUCUGGGAGUCAUUUGUAAGUUGCAAAACGCGUAUAAUCAUAAUAACAGACAUUACACGCAUUACAGCCGCAGACGGGACAUUUCGCUCAACAAAGAGUGUAUUGUGUUUCUUGUCUCGAUGCGCUCGGUGCAGAAGAUUGAAGAAGGAGAUAAUUGAACGGGCAGGGGCAGGAUGUUGCCAGGCUAUAGUCCGGUGGCUCAGGCGCUGUUGGGGACUCUGUUCACCUGGGCCCUCACUGCUGCUGGUGCUGCCCUGGUCUUCGUCUUCUCCAGCCGCCAGAAACGCAUUCUGGAUGGGAGUCUCGGCUUCGCUGCAGGGGUGAUGCUGGCGGCAUCGUACUGGUCACUGUUGGCCCCGGCGAUCGAGAUGGCGGAGAGCUCUCAGAAGUACGGCGCCUUCGCUUUUCUCCCCGUGGCCAUCGGGUUCACUCUCGGAGCCGCCUUCGUCUACGCCGCCGACCUCAUCAUGCCAUACCUGGGCGUGGGGGCGGACCCACAUGUUGCACUGGCCCUUCCCCCUGAAGCCAAACUGACCAAAGAGAAGCAGGAAGACCCGCCCACAGACACAGAUGAGCUGUCAAUCAGGAUAGGUAGAGGCGGAGCUAACCCAGAUAAGGUGGAGAACGGAGAGGUGCACCAGAGGAGGCGGGGCCACAGCAACAGUCCGACAGAGGGACAGGAAAUGAGCUCAGCGCAACAGGAAGUGACAGAACAAAGCAGGAACAGCUGGAGGCGCAUCCUCCUCCUCAUCCUCGCCAUCACCAUCCACAACAUCCCAGAGGGCCUUGCUGUUGGUGUGGGGUUUGGGGCUGUCGGAAAAACCUCUUCAGCCACAUUUGAAAGUGCCAGAAAUUUGGCCAUCGGGAUUGGCAUCCAGAAUUUCCCAGAAGGCCUUGCAGUGAGCUUGCCUCUGAGGGGCUCGGGAGUUUCCACCUGGAGGAGUUUCUGGUACGGGCAGUUGAGCGGGAUGGUGGAGCCGGUAGCGGGCUUGCUAGGCGCGUUUGCGGUGGUGCUGGCGGAGCCGUUGCUGCCCUACGCUCUGGCGUUCGCUGCCGGGGCCAUGGUGUACGUGGUGGUGGAUGACAUCAUUCCUGAGGCGCAGGUCAGUGGCAACGGGAAGUUGGCCUCAUGGACUUCUAUCCUGGGUUUCAUCGUGAUGAUGUCACUGGACGUGGGCCUGGGUUGAGGCCUCCCAUUGGAUAAAAAACUCUGCUGAUGUCAUUCGGCGUGAGGCACGUGAUUGGUCAGCUGAGGGACCGGCCCCGGGGGGUUUUUGUUUUAAUUUUUUAUCUGAAAUCUUGUGGGUUUGGGGCCGACGGGCUGGACAGAGGAGGACACUCCUCACAUUCCUCGCACUUGAAGUGUGUGUGAUCUGGAAUCACUGCUGCAGGGGGGGACCAUCUGCCAUUGUGUUCUGUGUGAGUGUGAAAGAGGGUGUGUGUGUGUGUGUGUGAGAGGGGAUAUUUGUGUGUGUGUGCGUUUGUGAGAGAGGAUGUGUGUGUGUGCGUGUGUGAGAGGAUGUG